AAAAUUCAAACACUUUAAUAAAAUUAUGCUAAUAAUCAAUCGCAACCAGGCAAUUUGAACUUUUCCACUCCAUUUUAACAAGUUUUCAUUUAAAAAAAUAAAACUUAAUCCCCAAAUCGCCACUUGUUUACAUCACUGUGGGAUGUAAACAAACAAACAAGACGUCAUUUGGCGGCAAUCGCGAAUCGGUGCGUUUCGUGUGUGACUGUGUGAGUGUUUAUUUUUUCGUUCUUUCAUCUUCUUCUCCAAGCACGAAGGCCAAUUCUGACGAGGAGACAAUUACAAGUGCGCUUCAUCCAUUUGAAAGCAUUAGAUAAGAUCAAGUACGUGUUUCGUGGCAGCAGCUCCGGCAACAGCAGCAGCACCAAUCGCAUCAGGAGUGAAUGGCAUCGAAUGCGGCACUGGGGAAGCUGAUUCUGGCCGCUACAUUUAGCGCGUUUCUCUACUACGUGCUGUGGGUUGCGGUACUGCCGUUCAUCGUAAUCGACGCCAGGGAUGAAAGUUGGAUCUAUGCGCUGUUUCCACCGAUGAAGUUUGCAUUCCUCGUGCCGGCACUGUUCGGUGUGGUGCUGCUCGGCGGACUGUCGGCCUUUUCGGUGUACCAUUUGCGGGACCAUCUCGGAGCGCGGUUUAUCCGACCACAGUAACGCACAGCGACAGCGCCACACCAUGGAGACGUGGCUCGUCAUCGGCAUAUCCGGGGUGACGAACGGCGGCAAGACGACGCUGGCCAAAUCGCUCGAAGCAUACUUUACCGCCCACCUGCACAAAACCUUCUUCAAGGAAAAUCUCAUCCUCAACAAGGUGGUUGCGCUGUGCCAGGACGAUUACUUCCUGCCGGUGGACAGCCCCCGGCACGAGAUGGUGAAGAAGCUCAAUCACAUCAACUGGGAGAUUCUCGGCUCGCUCGAUAUGGACCGCAUGUGCCAGGACAUUAUGCAGGUGCUGGGGCAAAAGUUCAUCCUGUACAACUGCCACCAGCUGCGGCGCGCUCGGAGCGACGAGGACAGCGAGAUGGGCGAGCGGGUCGAAUCGAUGGACGAGUUCAAUCUGUUUGCCGACCACUUCCUGAGCAACUUUCUGGCAAAGUACGAUGAAAACGGGACCGGCAGCAGGACGACGAAUUUGAUCAAAAAGUCCAAAAACGAAUCGUACCAAAGCAUGAACAUUAAGAUCAACGUGCUGCUGCUGGAGGGCUUUCUGCUGUUCAAUCACUCGUUUACGCGCGAUCUGUGCAGCAUCAAGUUUCACAUCCAUCUGCCGUACGAGCGGUGCUACGCCCGGCGGAUGCAGCGCGUGUACGAUCCGCCGGACGUGGUCGGCUACUUCGAGAUGUGCGUGUGGCCACUGUACGAGAAGCACUAUCGGGAGUUUAAGGGCCGGAAGGACAUCUACGUGCUGAAUGGGGAGAUAGCGCCGGACAGCAUUUUCAACUAUGUGUUAAAUAGCAUCAAAGACUUACUGUAGUAGCUGUGGGUGGAGAGUAUAAGUUGGUUGCUCAUAACCAGCAGCAGCAGGUAGAAUAGUUGUCGAACAAUUCCAGAGACGGGUUUCAAGAGUUCCUUAACCCCUGUAGGCAGCGACUAGGAUGUAAGCUAUAGAAAUAUAUAUACCAAGAGAGCAAGAAGGGGCUCGUAUGGACAUACGCGUUUAAGCCGUGUCCACGAAGCACGACACCGCGGUACAGUGUAACAACACACUUUCGUUUGUUUUUUUUUUUUGUACAUGUCACACGUAACGCCUUUCACGACACAUCUGAAUCAUUUCGCACGCCCAUCCCCGCCCCCAUGGGAUCUCACUUAUCGACACACAGGGAACAAAGGUGAACCAGCGUUGCGAAUACGAUAUGCAAAUAACUUUCUUUCUCAUUUACAGUAGGGAAACAUCCAGCCCCCCAAAAAAACCCCGUUUGGCGCCGGCAACACCGAGAGGGGGCCAAGUUUCAUUUUCGCCCUCGGUUGUUGUUGAUUUGUAUGAUUUGGGCUUCUCGCGUAUUUUUUGUUUGGUGAGUGCGGGAUUUUUUUUUUUCUACGUUCACUCCAAUCGUUUUCACCGAUCCGUGUGUUUGCUUUUUUUCAUGCCGGCAUCCGGUCUCUGCUGAGAUGAUCCGUUUUGGGGGGUUUAUAGAACCGGUUUUUUUUCGGGGGGAGAGGCUCAGUACUGCCGGGUGUCUGGCUCGCCAUAAUCCCGAAGCGUGCAGCACGCCACGCAUUGGCGAGGGAACGAUGCGUAACUGUAGAAUAUUUUAAGCGAUCGCAAACGGUUGUGGUUUAAUUGCUUGUUUUUGGGAAAGACACGUUCUGCUGCCUCGCCGUUUAAUGCUAUUUUUGAACCCCUCCCCCAAGGGAUCUCCUUUUCACGCAUCCUCCCCUCCUGCUCCGUUUUCGAAGUACCGCUCUCCCUCCCAAAAAAAGGCCAAAAAUAGCAUGAAACCGGUAUCGAUCCUGUGCCCGUGCCGUGAAAGAAAGUAGUCGAAUGAAAACGAAAGCAGCCCAAGCGCCCGGCGUGUACCCGUACCUGGGUGGAUGCGCGAAUCCACCAAAUGUUUAAUUCAAAACAAAAUAAACAAAAAAAAACAGCCGAAGAACCCUGGCCGCAAGUGUGGUUUGAUAGUGAACGCGCGCCGUGCCCGAUCUGGUUGCUCGAAAUUCGAAUCAGCGAUCAAUUUGUGGUUUGUGUGUUUCCGGAACCCGUGCGACAACCGCUCCACACACACACAAAAAGGGGUGAAAAGAUUGAAAGUUUCGCACGAAAAUAAGGAAAAGGGUAAAGUGCAUUAACCUUCAUUGGAGCUCCUGCGAAUCGAGCCCCGUUUUCGUGAUUGUGAAAACUGGGAUUGCAGCGAGCGCGCGUUAGGUGCAUCCUUCGGUCAAUGUACGCGGACCGCUUCCACAAUGUAUGCGUGUGCUUUAAAUUAAUUGCAUCCCUUGUUUUCGCCACUCGUCGUUGCCAUUCCUCGUUGCGGACCAGAAGAGAGAACGAAAGACAGCGAGAAAGAGAGAGUAAAGUCCCUGGCGUGCUGCAAACGCGACUAAAAGGUUGAUUGACAAGGCUUAAUAAAACUGGUCGUUUAGCUCUGCCACAAAUCGCUUUAGAAUCUGGCUCGCGGCCUGAUUGCUCCCCAUGGGGAGUUCACCUAAGGCAAAUGAUGCGUUUGCUCUCACCCUCACAAACCCCAAUCCGUGCGCCAAACCACUCGCAUAAAUCGCGUUUUCCACAGGCGGGUUGCGGAGGCAUAUGACACGUGUCGUUGGGGCAGCAGAGAGGGAGGAACACUUUCCGGAGUGUUUUCGCUCUGCUUCUUUUCUUUUUUUGCACUGACAGGGCAGUAUUUUCUACCGACCCUUUUUUCCGUGUGCGCGCCCAUUUGCUGCUCAUAAAUGCUGCCCGGCCCGGUUCGUCGCUUAGCCUGUGCCGCACAACGCAACACGACGUUAACGAUCCUUUCCCAGGCGGAAAAGCAGCAGAGAACAGAGAACGAACCUUUCAUACAGAACCGAUGCCAACGCGAAAGGUUCAUUAACUUACUCCUAUAAAUCUUUGCAAAAAUCUCCCCAUCUUUCAGCCCUUCCGGUCACUCUUCGCAAAACCCUCCUCGAGAGGGCAGUCGCACGUUCACAGCCAAUUAUAUUAUUAUGUGAUCGCGAGCAAGCCGGCCGCCAUCCGCCGGCUGCUCGGUUCUGGUUCUAGCGGGCCGAAGAGAUGCAUCAACGCGAAGAGCGAAUCGUCCGGACCAGAGCGUCCCAUUGGCGAUCGAUGUCUAAACACGGGCUCGGUCAGGUUGUGGUGUCCAUCUAAGGCACAUUUCGCACAUUCGCCACUUACCGCUAACAGCGGGUCGUGUUCGAAGCCACCACAGCAGAAGAGCAGAGGUUGGUGGUUUUCUUUUGCUCCGUUUGGCGAGCGCGAGAGCCCUGCCUGACCACGGGUCGUGUCGGGUCAUUGUCGGGCGCGUUGGAGAUAGAGGAGUAAAGGGAGGAAGUAAGGGCACGAGAAAGAAAGAGAGACAGGGGGAAACACAAGGGAGAUAUUGAAGAUAUAAUUUACAACCGACGGAUGUGGUUCGGGAAGAGGAGCAUAAAAUGAAACACACACACACACAUAGAAGGAUGGGACGAAACCUGUCCGGGACGCGCGAUAGACGGACGAUAGCAAUUUGCGGGGAUUGGAAAGCCGUGCAAAAACCGUGCAAAAAGGAUGUGCGGCUGAUUAUUUUUAAUGCCAGCCGUCGAGCGAUGGCCGAGCGACGUGCUCUCGCAGCAGGAGGAGACAGCGUUCGGCGCGAUGGACGGGAUAGAAAAAUUCGUUACUGCGAAGGUUUUUUUUGCUGAAAUAUAUAUUUUAAUGUACGUGCUAGAUUAAACUAGGGAAAACGAUCGCUGGGAAACGAUUGAAGAAUGUUAUAAAUGGUUAACCACAAGUCGCAGUUUACAGGUAGUUUGUGGUGGCGAAACUCGACCUCGCCGGUGGAACCAAAAUAUUAAACGAAAUGGCAUACAUGGAUAAAUGGAAAUGGUUAUCGUACUUUAACUAAUGUGAAACUAUGUUAUAAGACGAAUGGCGACGUUCAAUGUUGAAAUUUGUACACAAAGGACUGUCAAGCGUUUUAAGCGUUUGUGACAAUAUUGCUAGUAGUUGCUUGACACUAGAAGCGCUUAAAGUGUUGCAAAAUUGCUAGCAGGAGCCUAAUACAAAAUUGCAAUGAGCUCGAUUAAAGCUUUUUUAAUAUACUUUAAUUAUUUUUUUCAAUUCAAAAAAUCGUUCUCAAUCUCUUACAUGGUUUUCUAAGUCACUUUCGAGUGUAAAAGUUGUAAUUCACCGCAUGCAAAAUGUUAUUCCACAUCGAU